AUGAGGGUGAUCGAAUGGGCAGAGGUUUGUAGCAUGCCAGAUCGCACAGCAUCACUGAUAGAUCGGGUCCGGCAUUUCAUAUCAGGCCGAGCUGGCUACUCACAAAGUAUGGUGUUAAAGUUGGCAGAAAAGACACUUGCGCUUCGAGAGAAGGCGCUUCGUUACCGACAUCCAGAUACUCUCAGCAGCAUGUACGAUGUUGCGAGAGCGCAUUACGACCUUGGAAACUACGAUGAUGCCGAGGACCUCGCGGUCCAACUAUACCCGUUAUACAAGAGAGAAUUUGGUGAAAGGUCCCCCAAGACAAUCCAUGCCCUGAUAUUGAGAGCAGACGCAACCUUUAGGAACGGGCGUUGGGAUGAGGCAGAACAACUAUUGUCUCGGGCAACAGACCGUUACAGUCGCGCAGGCAUAUACGACAAACCAUUCGCCCAGGCCAUGUAUCAUCGUGCGUGGAUGCGCAAACGUCAAGGGGACAACGAUGGGGCUCUACACCUUGCGCUGGCUGCGAAAGAAAUUUUGCAACAGCAUGAGCCUAGUCGAUAUUACAUUUGGUGUAUGCAGCUGGUGGCUGAAGUUUACAUAUAUCGAAUGAACUAUUCCGACGCUGUUUCGACACUCCGUCCUGCACUGAGAGAUUCCCAGAAGACAUUCGUGGCAUUUAAAACAACCUUUGAUAUCAUGUUCCUACUGGCCUUUUCACACUUCUAUUUGGUCGAAUAUGACGAGGCAGAGUUUGUCGUGAAGAAAGCAGUGAAUGAAGGAAAGAACAUGCUCGGGGCUGCUGACUCCAGAACUCUCCAAGCUCAGAUUCUGUUGGAGAAGAUACAAAUCGCAAUCAGAGAUAUUGAUGAUGAGAGCGAACCAGGAAUGGAACUCAGAGAAGCCGCCGAUAUUGAGAACGUCUUUGGAAUAAUGCCAUGGACGAUUCUGCAUUUGCACUGGCUAGCCCACAAGAGAUUUGUUCAACAGUGUUCCGAGUAUUAG